AUGGCUUCUUCAACUUCGUCAGAGGACGAAUUGUCCCGGCUCUCAACCAGCGCCCCGACGUCGCCCCCUAAGUCCAAGGCGGCAUCGCCCGCCAAGUUGAAAGCAGAGGACAGUCUUACCGAGGAACAAAUAUUCAAACAGGAAGAAGAGGCCAAGAAAGCGAAUGCGCGCCUGGAAGAAGCCAACCGAAAGGCCCAAGCUAAGCGCAAGCCGCGCAAGAAGAAGGCUGAAACAAAGGCAGAGCGCGAUGCCAAGGCGCGGGAGCUCGAUGAGCUCUUGAUGAAGAGCGCUGCAUUCAGCGAUAUACUCACAAAGAAGACCCAAGUGCUCGGCAGAGUGGGGAGUAGCCUGGAUGGCAAACAACUCGGCGAGCAUAACCUGGAGAUGGCUAAACAGCCGAAAUGCAUGAUAAACGGAACCAUGCGAGACUACCAACUGGAAGGUCUCACAUGGAUGUACGAGAUAUGCUCACAAGGCAUGAGUGGCAUUCUCGCCGACGAGAUGGGUCUGGGGAAGACCGUACAGACCAUCGCAUUGAUCGCUCUUUUGCGGGAACAAGAAGGGUACCUUGGACCGCACCUGAUCGUAGCGCCGCUGAGUACCUUGUCCAACUGGAUGGAUGAGUUUGAGAAAUGGGUGCCCUCCAUACCCGUUGUCAUGUUUCAUGGGACACCUAAGCAGAGAAAGAACAUCUUUGAGACGAAGAUCAGUAAGAAUCUCACCGGAGGCCGCCCGAACAAGCGAUUCCCUGUAGUAUGCACAUCCUACGAGAUGGUCAUUGUCGAGCAAGCUGCUUUGGGGAAGAUCAAUUGGGAGUUCAUCAUCAUCGACGAGGGCCACAGAAUGAAGAACUCGGAGGCGAAGCUGUUCCAGCACCUUCAACGAUUCCCGUCAGCAACGCGCUUGCUCAUCACCGGAACGCCUCUGCAGAAUAAUCUGAAGGAGCUGUGGUCCUUGCUGCACUUCUUGCUACCAACAAUCUUCACUGACUGGGAGGCUUUUGAGUCCUGGUUCGACUUCUCCGAACUAGAAGACGAAGAGGGAACAGCGCACUUCAUUGGUGACGAACAGAAGCAAAGUCUCGUCAAGAAGAUUCAUAUGAUCCUGCAGCCUUUGCUGCUGAGACGCAUCAAGCAAGACGUUGCGGCAUAUCUGCCACGCAAGCGUGAGUACGUGCUGUUCGCACCCAUGACCAAGGAGCAAACGGACCUCUACAACACAUUGACGGACCCGGACGUUGACAGCAGGAUCUAUUUGGAGCAAAAGGCCAUGGAGAGGAUCGACGAAACAUUUAAGCCCGUGAGCAACGUCAAGUCGCGCUCUAGCAGCAAGUCAGUAUCAACACCACAGAAGCCUGCGUCGUUACCAAUUCGAGAAAGCCCGCGAAAGAAGGCAGAAGAGAAUUCGGCAACCGCCGCCAAUGCCUUCGAUAAGCUCAUGGCCAAGCGCGGGCGUGGUCGACCUCCGAAGAUUGCAGCAAUUCAGGCCGAGGCUGUGACCACCGAACCCAAAACCACGGGCAAACGCAAGUCUUCCUCUACAUCAGUUGCCCCCGAGCCCAAGAGCUCGCGCUCAAGUCGGCAGUCAACGCCUGGUAGCACACGCAGCCGGCCGACGAGGGCGAGACGGAGGUACAAGGAAGCAGAGUCGGACGAGGAGCGAAUGUCAGAUGACGAAUUCGAGGCAAAGCUAGCCGACGAAAUGAUUGACUCGGAGGAGGGCAAAGAUGAAGAGUCGGAGCUUUCCCCCGAGGAGAAGGCACGAAAUGAAGCCAUUACGUUAGCAAAGAAGCAAAUAGCCGCCAAGAAGCUUGGAAACCCCAUGGCCCAGCUUCGCCUGGUGUGCAACUCGCCUCACAACUUUUACAAUCCCUGGGCUGUGGCGACAGACAUCCCCGUGGACGAGUCCAUUGUCACAGCAUCUGGCAAGAUGUUGCUGCUCGACCGACUGCUGAAGCACUUGUUCGCCAAUGGCCACAAGGUUCUCGUCUUCUCCCAGUUCACAACCCAGCUCGACAUAUUGGAAGACUACUGCAGGGAGCUCCGAGGUUGGAACACCUGCCGUCUCGAUGGCUCGGUUGAUCAGGCGUCACGUCGGUCGCAAAUUAAGCAGUUCAACACCGACGAUGACUACAAGAUCUUCCUGCUGUCCACUCGAGCGGGUGGCCAGGGAAUCAACCUGGCGGCCGCUGAUACGGUGAUCUUGUUCGAUUCUGAUUUCAACCCGCAGCAAGACUUGCAGGCGCAAGACCGUGCACACCGCAUUGGACAGACACGACCCGUGAUUGUGUACCGCAUCGCGACAAAGUCGACCGUAGAGGAGACCCUGCUCUCGUCGGCGGAUGCGAAGCGUCGCUUGGAGAAGCUGGUCAUCCAGAAAGGCGGCUUCAAGACAAUGGGGCAAAAGUUGAACCAGGAGAUAGACGAGGAGGGCCUCGACGCCGAGACGCUGCGCUCAUUGCUGCUCAAGGACGGGCGGGUCUUCCGGGGCAGCAGCGGUGACGGUAUCCUUAGCGAGAAGGACUUGGACAUUAUUUGUGACCGCAGCGACGAGGCAUUCGAUCGCGCCGAGAGAGGCGAGGGCGAUGCUGACGCGUACCGGGUCGUGGAGACAGGCGCGGACUCGAUUACGAUGACGAAGAAGGGAUAG